AUGAAUACAACUACUGAUAAGACUACAUUGAAAAAUAUUAAAGGGAGAACAGCGCCUUUUUUGCUGUUGAAUGCUGGAAGACCUGAAAUAGGACCUGUUGGACAAUCCGAUAUUUUUUCAAGACUUAAGAACUUUCUUCCUGAGCUAGCCGAUGCCAAUGAUCAACUACCUGUUGAUGCACAAUUAACAGAAGCCAUACAGAUAGAGAAUGUAGUGGCUGGAGAGGACUCCUCAUCGUCCGAUUCAGAAGACACAGAUUAUUCAUCAGACUCAGACUCCGAUAGUAAUCAAGAAGUAGACACUUCCAAGAACUGUGUACAAAUUGAUGUAAAUUUAUUCAAAGACCCUGCUCCUAUUGAAGAAGGAGAUCCAGCUAUUGAAAAUGUGGUAGAAUUGCCAGAAGGUUUUAGAGACAAUGGACAUGGGGAAGAACAGAAAAAGAAAAUGAUAGUUGAGGAAUUAUCGUAG